ACCAAUAAAACACAGUAAAAAGAUCAAAAUAUUUUAAUUGUUCAAAAUUUUACCCGACUGCGGUGGAUAAUGUUUUUCGAGCGUGUAUGCAUGUAUGUAUGCCCAAUAAUAAGGCGCCAAAAUGAAACCUUUAGAAAAAAAAUGCUUAUAACCCGUCAAGCGAGGUAUCAAAGUAAAGGGUCUUAAAAGAAUGCAGUGGAUCCCCGGUAGUCCGACAAACAUUUUGCAGGGCAGUGUCGAACUAUCGAAUUUGUCGGAUUAUAGAGUACUGCCUAAGACCCCCUAUAGUCCGAUUUUUUUUACAAAAGAGUACCUUGUAAUCCGACAAAUUACAGAUCCAAUGAUAAGAUUACAAAACAUACUUUGUUAUGUAUGUCAAAUUGAGUAAAUUAAACAACACAAUAGAAAGAUUAUGUUUUAUUAUAAAAGUAACGUCAAAUGCUAUAGAAUUUACAAAAAAAUAUAAAAAACAAUACCCUACGCGUCGAGCACAAUUGUGAUGGUGCGUACAAGUUGUAACUUGUUCAAUCGUGAAUUAGCGAAUACUUGUAUGUAAUAGACGAUGUCGGAUUAUAGGGGGUGCCGCAUUAGCCAGGGGCCGGAUUACCGGGGCUCCACUGUAUUUAGAAAAUAGGUAUGCAAAUCGUGUACUUAAAAAAAAAUCGUGUUGCACUCGGGGACUGCCGCGGUAAAGCUAUUGCAUAGCAUUAUUUGUCAACUUAUGCAAUAAUACUAUUUAUUUAUGCAGUAUUUUUUUUCUUUGAUAUUAAUUCAAGUUUUUUCUCUGAUAUUAAUAGAUGGCGAGGCAGGCCUUAUGAUAUUUUAUUGGGCAAGCACAGCAAACAACAGCAUUGCCCGGCGCCAAAAAACUUCCACAUGCUCCACAGUUUACCACCUUUAGUCCAAAAAUUAUAAUUAUAAAGUCUAAAUAAAAGGGAGACAAAUAAAAAUAAGAACAGAUGCUGGGGUCUAAAACAAAUAUAUAAAAAAUGGAAAAAAAAUAUAAUAAAAAAUAAAACACGAGUGCGGGAUUUGAACCGACGACCGCGGUGAUGCGUCGAACAUUGGUCCCGUGGCAAAAAUUUAACACACUGCACCGUUUCGAUCGAUACUGGAAAGGCGAAAAUUGUGUUCAUACGCACUGUUUUUAAGUUGGCAUUGAUCGAAAUGUUUUGUUUAAAUAUUAUCGUUAGUAAUAUUAUUUAUCGUUGAAAAUAUUUUAAAACUUUUGUUUCAUUGUAGGUUUUUUUAAAUAAUCAAAGUUAAUUCAAACUAUUAUAUUUAACAAAUAUUGACUUUUUUUAUAUUCCACUUUUUUUUCAACACUGAACUUAGCGCACUUUGCUGGUGCAUUUGAAAACUAAUUCACGUUCCAAUUAAUCAUCAGCAUAAUUCGGCAUUGGUAGCCACUGAGUCGCAUUAUGCUCUGUAAUUGGAAAACUAACAUGAAGUCUGUUUUUAUUUUUGUAUGAAAAAGUUUAUAUUUUCCACUUUUCAUAAGCCAGAGUAAAUCACCUAAAUAUGCCUGGCCAGGCCUGCAUUCUUUUUUAUAUUUCUUAAAUUAACAAAAUAUGCAUUGAGUACUGUUUGUAAUUGAGGAGUUCCAUUGUUUCCCUCCGAAAAUACUCAUCAGCUCUGCACUUAAUUAAUACAGCCAUCUCGCUAAUAAACUGAUUCAAACAAAAAAAUAAUCAUCAAAAUCGGGCCACGAAUCUCGGAGAUAUGCACGAACAACAAUUGAAAAAAAAAAUAACAAAUAUGACGUAUAGAACCUCUUUCUUUUUGAAGUCGGUUAAAAUUUUUAAUUUACCUUUUGAGGUACUGCAUGCGUAACAACACGCCGGAGUCCUCUUUUAGUAGUAUAUAAGUCUCCAGCUUCAAAAUGGAUACUGCAAAUGACACUAUAUUUAUUUGGAAUACAUUGAUCAUCUCCGUUACAAUUCCUAAUAACUUGGAUCCAGUCAUUUCUCCAUUCUACAUUUUCUUUACGGAAUCUGAUAAAAAAGAAUAACAAAUAAUAGAUUGAAGCUAAUGUCACCCCAAUUUCCCAUAUUUUAGGUAAUAUGGUUACGUGAACAUUGACAACACUGGACUUUAGAUUAAUUAUUUUGUGCUUAGAAUGAAAAUUGAUUUCGAUUUCUGAAAACUAGAAAAAAAGUGAUUAUAUUGUUCAUUUACCUAUGAAACGUGAUUCCUGGAUUUUUUUUCUUUCGGUCACUACGGUUUUUACACCAUUUUACCACGCAAGACAUCUUGUUUUAACUUAUUUUUAUCUCCACUUAACGUAUCGGCUGCUUUGACGUUUGCACGCGUAAUGGCUGACUAUGGUGUGAAUGUGUGUGUGCCGGCUUGUACAUAUAGCGACCUGGCCGACUCUGAGCGACACAGUUUGUUGUUUACCGGGACUCUGUCCGCCUUUUUUUAUACGUCCAUGUAUCAACGCAUCAUGCCUAUCGCAUUUCAAUCAUUGACAUAUAAAAACAAGUAGAGAAUAAACGUUAAACAGAAUAUUUGCAUGAUGAAUUUCUUUGACGACCUCCUUGGCCGAGUGGUUUGUACGCCGGGUUUCAUGGUGUCGCCGACUCGAGAGGUCCCAGGGUUCGAAUCCCGGUGGGGGCAGAUGUUUGUGUGAUGAACACGAGCAUUUGUACUCCAGUCAUGGAUGUUUAAUAUGUAUUUCUAUAUAAAUAUACUUAUAUAUGUAAAGUAUAUGUAUUCUAUCCGUUACCCUAGUAUCCCAUAACACAAGCCUUACAGUGCUUACUUUGGGGCUAGGCUAAUUGGUGUGAGUGUUGGAAAUAUUUAUUUAUUUAUUUAUUUAUUUAUUAGUAAUUUAAUGUAUAGACAGCAACUCACAGCUAAGGUUACUCGACACUGUCAAAUUUGUCAAACAGACUGAGCUUUAUUUCGCUAUACAUAAGAUUGACAAUGUAUUGACAAGAUAUGCCAUUUUUACGUAAUUCGCUGUGUCUGUACUGGAAAUUAUACUACAGCUUUUCAACACGCCAGACGUAAUCAAUGAAUAAGUUAAAAUAAUCUGUUAUGUAAAGUAUGAAAUCAAUUCUUCUUUCCUAUAGGAUGCUUUUUGACAGUUUUAUUUCUUCAAUUUGUUAUUUUACUAUAUAAAAAUAUGGUACUCCUGCCAAGUGAUUAAUUACUUACUUCUAUCAGAUAAAUCCAUAAUACAGUUAACUUAAUUUCUACUCUACAUACAUGGGGAAUUUAUGGAUUGCCCACUAGAUCUCAAUAUAUAUAUAAUUAGGGAAAUGAAAGUCACAUAAUCUGGCACCCAACAUGGGGGCCCCACUGCAUAAUCGAUCAACUGCUGUGGCUGUAACUUACACGAGAUAUAAAAAAAACAUAUAUUUGGUUCUCCUUUAAAAGGCCAAAUCGUGAAACCUGCAAAGGUUCAGACUUCUUAAGACAUAGAAUUUAGCAAGUCUUGUCUAAUUUCAAGUCUAAGUUAUUAUUUUUAUUACACAGAAUUUGACACUUACACCAAACGUUACUAGUGUUACAUUAACUUACGUUCCGUUAUCGCCUUUUCACUAAAAUAACAACGAGCACAAUAUUAGCACCUCAUUAACAUAAGGAUACUUUAUUAUAGGUAUUAUUUUACGUUUUAAUGGAUAUUGGACGACGAUAAUACAGACUGAUAGAGCAUUUAAACUUCUGAUAAUAAUAAUCAAUUUCAUCAUUCAAGUGUCAAGUUGUUAUUCAAGUUGAUUCUAAAAUGUAGAUUUCAAUUUUGGGUUAAAGUAAACUACAAUUUCAUUUAUGUGUCACACAUAAUGUGAAUAUGUCAGGUAAAAGCACUCUUUCAAUUCUAUUAUUUAUGCAGACGCACUUAAACAUAAGUUUUAAUAAUACAUUAUGAAGUCACAUAAGGCAUACAAUUCCUAAUGCCCACACGCUAAAACAUACCUAGAUCUAUUAGUUAACUGACAUACAGGGUGGUCCAAUUAGUGACGUCAACAAUUUUUUUUAGAUUCCUCGCACCUGGGGGUAUCCGAAAAUACCCCAUGUAUGUUCCGCGAUUUUUCUUAGUUUUCGAGUUAUAAUUAUUAUUGUGUAUUUUUAAUGAUUUCUGCCAACGAGGUUUCAAAAAUUCAUAUCUUUUUCGUAGUAGGUAUUUUGCCGUCUUUUUUUGUGACAUAACUGUCUUGACUGUUGUUUUAAUAAAAAAAAAUAACUCAGCUUCCUGAAAUUACCUAAAGUAACUCAAAAAGCGUUUGAAAGUUGGAACUUUAGUUUUUAGUAGGAUUUACUCAAACUGUAACUUCAAUUUAAAAAUACAAAAAGGAGUUUCCAUAGCUUCGGGCUACAGAAGUCAUAAAUUAAAAAUAGGGAAGAUGCAAAUAUAAUAUUUAUGAAAAUUUUAUGAUUAAAAUGUUAAAAAAAUAUAAAAGAAAGGCCACUGCAACGUUUUUAUUUUACAUAAUGUUGUUUUUUAACAAUAAUUACGAAUUAAAAAUGACUUGAAAAAAACGUAAUUUAAAACACCAAUCAGAGGUUUAGUGACGUCACUCCUGUGACGUCACAACUUAUUUGAGAUUAUGGUUAUAAAAGUGAAUAUUAUUUUAUGGGAAUAUUAAUGACGUUUUUUUAAUAAAAAUGUAAGUUAGGUUUAUCAAAGCAGACUCCAGGAAAUUACCAAGAGUUAGUGUUGACAUGGUUGUAACUUUUUUUGUCCAAUGUGCAGAGUUUUCAAGUGUAGAAAUUAAAGGGACUAAAUUACUACGGUAGGUAUAAAUCAUAGUUGUUAAACUUUGUAUUUUAUUCAGCGGCUUCUACACAUUUUCAGCUCAACAAGAGAAUCUUACGGCGUAAACGCAUUCGGCUAUGUCCAAAUUAAAAGAGAUGGAGAAUUAUGUACAGUAAAAAGUCGAGUUACUCCGGAGCAUAAAGUACGUAAAGAAAGUUAUCGUGUUACAGUUAUUUUGAAUGAAACGCAAAGCUUGGUUCAGUCCUGCCAAUGUGAAGAUUGUGCUACACAUUUUUAAUCUUUAUCCAAUUUUUGACGUCGUUCUCCAACUGUAAAAUUAAAAAUAUAUUAUAGACAGGUUUGCGUUUAUACGUACAAGCAGAUUAAUUAAGCAUAUUAUUAUAACAAUAGUAUAUUCGCCGACUUACGUCAAAGUGAUCUUCACAGCAUCGAAUAAUGGUUUUUGGAGAAUAAUUGUCAUUUCUCUUCGCAGCUAGAAACCACUUCUUUCUCAAUUUUGGGUCAAUUAAAUUAAUUCAAUCAAAAAUCAAAAACCAUUUAUUUGGAUACUUUGUUGAAGUAGAUUGACACAAAACAUGAGUCAACAGGGCUUUUUUUCGGAAUAUUAGUGGUAUUGUUAUGAUCACAUGAUGUUGAUGGAUAGUCCAUUGUAAAUUUUUACAAAAAAAUAUCUCGAGUCGAAAAAAUAUGCAAAAGUAUGAAAAUUGAAAGCCAGCGACGAACAAGUACGACCAGUGAUAGACAGGAGUGACGUCAUCGGAACCAUAGGUCCGUUUUCGCGCAAAAUUUAAACUGUCAAUUUAAAACUGCAUUUUUUCCGAUAAAUUACAAUGUUUUAAUUUUUUAAUAUAUCUGUGGUUUAUUCUACAUGGAAUUCUUUAAAAUGAAAACAAAAAUAAAAAUAUUGCAUCUUCUCUAUUCCGCAUGCUUCUAAACUACCAAAAAUCAUAAAAAAAGUUUUACUUAAUCAGCCUAUUUUUGUUGUAAUCGGCCUUCGAAGACGGAUAGGCUAAAAAUCAUCGAAACACGAUUAAAGCAUUUAAAAUUAUUUUAUCUACUUUUUAUCACUGUUAUGGUAAAUUAUUAAACUUAAAAAUGUAAUUUCAAAUUAAAUUUAAUUGAAAUUCCUGUAAGAAAACUUUAGCAUGUGGAAUUUUAUAAUAAUUUCGGUUUACCACUAAGAUUUAAAAUGGGAACAAGAAUUGAGACAAAAACUUACAGAAGCGGAAAGAAAAAUAAAGCAAGAAUAUUCAAGUAGCUUCAUACAAUUAAAACAUAACUUUUUUGAGUAACUUUAAGUAAUUUCGAGAAGCUGAGUUAUUUUUUUUAUUAAAACAACAUUCAAGACAAUAAUGUCAAAAAAAGACUGCAAAAUACCUACUACUACUAAAAAUACACAACAAAAAUUAUUUAAUUCGAAAAUUAAGAAAAAUCGCGGAACAUACAUGGCGUAUUUUCGGAUACCCCAGGUGCGAGGAAUCUAAAAAAAAUUGUUGACGUCACUAAUUGGACCACCCUGUACAUAACUAGACACUGUCAUUUUCAUAAUCGACUGAUAACAACGCAUUAGAAAUAAUAUGGAACACGAACUGGGCUAAAAAGUGGUUCCACGCAAACUGCGAUCAAGUGAGCGAAAUAAUUCGACCAACACGCAAUCAUGGGGUUGGUGGGGAUUUCCCUUUAACAUGCAGAUAUUUGAUAUGUCAAAAUAUUUUUUUUUGUCUGUGUGCUGUUUGUUGCGUUAGUUUUGAAGUUUAGUUGUAUAAGUUUGGAUCCAUGCUUUAGCUGCCUUUGUUAGAGAGUUGCUUUCAAUAUCAUUUCUAAUUCGUUGACUGAUAAUGACAAUAAACAAAUGAUAAACAUUUUAUAAUGGUCCUAAAAACAGUACCAAAGAUAAUCGCUUAAAUACACUCGACUGCAAAUAAACUGGGCCACUUGCUACCACGGAACUCGUUUUGAUUUUCUCAAAAAGUACAAAACUUACAAAUAUCAAAAUUAUGACUACAGAAACUGCAUUUCGUGGUGAUUAAAUUGAACUAGAAUUAUUGAGAUUAAUCAAUAAAUUAAAUUUUUAUUAAAAAAAAGUCAAGGAAGAAUCGUUUUCCAAUUGUGGUAUUGGGAAGUAUCUAACGUAACAAAAAUACUCACGUCUGAGAAAACUAUGGAGAAAAACUAAGGAAAUGAUAAGAAGUAUCAGACUAUAUUCAUUUUAUAAAAAAGAACGAUAAUCGCGACUUUAUUAAAAGAUUAGCAAAUUGUUAGCAUUGCUGUUCUUGCUCGAUUACAAAGUAAGUUGACAGUACUUUAGAAUAUUUUUUUACUCAUAUUAAUAAUUAUGAAACACACUUUCUGUAAAUAUAGCUUUAAUAGUUGUAAGUUUUAUACUUUUUGAAAAAUUGAAUUAGAGUUCCAAGGUACUAGCGGUUGGCCCAGUUUAUUUGCAGUCGAGUGUAUAUUAAAACGGCUAUAUGUAGUUGCUAGUUCCCGAUGUCCUAUAAUGUUUUAACUCUAGAGGCAUUACGAUCGCGUCGGAUAGCGUUAAAAAGUUUCAAUGUCUCACUCACCGGAGGUUAAGGCUGCAUUUCCAACAGAGAUGUGCGAGAUAGAUGAGCGAAACGAGGAUGUAGCGAGCUCUUUAAAGAAAACCGAGACAAGGUAAAUGAAACGAUUCUAUUGGUUCUUUACAAACACAGCCUCGCUUGUUUUGUAUGUACAAAAACCUAAGCUCAUUCCACCAGAGCUGUGCUGACCGAAGCGAAGUAAAUGAAGCGAUUCUAUUAGUCAUUUACAAUCGCAUCCCUCUUUUUUUAUAUGUAGGAUAGAUAAGGGGUUUCCACCAGACCUAUUCUAUUGGUCCUUUACAAACACAUCCCCCACAUGUUUUGUAUGUAGAAAAACCUGGCUCCGCUAAGCCGUUUCCACCAGAGCUGUGUAAUAACCGAAGCGAGGUAAAUGAAACGAUUCUAUUAGUUCAUGCCAAACACAUCCUCACACGUCUCUGAAACUCAGUCUAUUGCAGGGCCACUGCGCCGGAUCGAUCACAGUUUUAAUUAAGAAUAGGUCCAUCUCAUCGUUGCACAUGACUUCAAUGAAUUCGUCGUCCUCGUAUCCUUGCAACGUCCGGUCUGGCAGUCUCUACUAAGGGAUUUCCACCAGAUCUGUGCUGUCGGCGCGGUAAAUGAAGCUAUUCUAUUGGUCCUUUACAAACACAUCCCUCACAUGACACAUGUUUUGUAUGUAGAAAAACCUGGCUCUGCUAAGCCGUUUCCACCAGAGCUGUGUUAACCGAAGCGAGGUAAAUGAAACGAUUCUAUUGGUCCAUGCCAAACACAUCCUCGCACGUCUCUCAAACUCAGUCUAUUGCAGGGCCACUGCGCCGGAUCGAUCACAGUUUGAAUUAAGAAUAGGUCCAUCUCAUCGUUGCACAUGACUUCAAGGAAUUGGUCGUCCUCGUAUCCUGGCACCGUCCGGUCUGGCAACGCCGGGAGGGGGGAGAGGUCGCGCGGAGGAAGGGAGGGGGGUGUUAGUAGCAAUUCUGUUUUCCUUAGAGUUUAGUUUUAUUUAGUUAUCCACAUAUUAUCAUCCUUCACAAACACUUUCUUCGCUACGCAUACUCGCACAUAGAAACACAGCCUAUUGCAAAGCCACCGCGCCGGUUCGAUCACAGUUUGAACUUAGAAUAGGUCCAUCUCAUCGUUGCACAUGACUUCGAGGAAGUCAUCAUCCUCGUAUCCUUGCAACGUCCGGUCUGGCAGCGGUGGGAGGGGGGAUAGAGGUCGCGCGGGGGAAGGGGGCGCGUCAGUGUGAGCGUCAGUGUCGCUCGAGCAGUCGCGCGCGUCGGUCGCCGGCGACGGGGGCGGGUUCGAACCGUGCUCGGAUUGUACUGUUGCCUCGCCGCGAGAUAAUAACGAAGACACCUGUGGCUGGGGUCGCAAUGGUCUCAGCUUUGUUCGCUUGGGCCGCCGUCGUGGCUCAUCGUCCGAAUCGGAGCCCGAGGACUCCGGCCACGAAAGUUCAUCACUCUGUUCAUCUUGGAUUUGCAUAUGCACCAGAGAAGGCGGAUUGAAAGCCUCCGGUCGUGUAAGAGGGCAGCGUUUGAGGCUGUAAGUAAAAUUAUUAUUCAGCCCGUCGGCCAUGCGGAAUCUGUUUUAGACUUUAGAACAGCAAGGCUUCCUCGGUUUAAACCAGAAGGCAUUGAUGAUUUUGACCCUCGGGAUCACAGGGAACCCAAAUGUCCCAUCAGCAAUUGGAUGGCGUACUUCAACCUGAUCCGCACGGGUUUCGGCGCAGGAAUGCUUGGCUUACCAUUAGCAAUGAGCCAGGCUGGAAUAAUCCUGGGCACAUUUCUUAUGAUAAUUAUAGGGUUACUCAUCACCCACAUGCACCAUACAUUGCUUAAUUGUUUAAAUGAAAUCAGUCGUCAGCUAAGAAUACCCCACGUGUCCUAUCGGUAUGGCUUUCGAAUUGCUUUGCUUCACGGACCAGCAGUCUGUCAAUUCAUUGGUAAACGGGGACCGGCUAUCAUCACCACGUUUAUGUUGUUAAGCCAAUUGGGGAUUUGCACUGUGUUUGUUGCAUUCACUUCUGACAGCUUGAAAGAUCUAAUGGACUGGGAAAGCGCAAACCCUGCUUUACUUGCGCUCUUGGUACCAUAUUUAUUGUUAGAAUAUUUUAUGAAGACAUUGAAGAUAAUCAGCUACAUAUCUUUACUCGGUAAUGUACUGAAUUUAAUUGGUUUGAUCCUGGUAUUCUACCAUAUAUUUAAAGACCCACGCAAAGAUUUUACCACAGUUGUCCAUAAUGCGAUGUCACUAUUGUUUGCUUUUGGUAUAAUGCUCUUUAAUAUGAGCGCAAUCAGUGUGGUCCUAACUUUAGAUAAGGCGUUAAAAAAUCCUAAGAUUUUAACGAAGAAGUUAGGAGUACUUAAUAUCGGCAUGCUUGUCCCAACCGUUGUGGCGACUAUUUUUAGUGUCCUCGGUUACUGGGCUUUUGGAACAAUGGAGGAAAAUAUAUUAAGAUCACUUCCUUACGAUGAUAACGUAAGUAUAGUCGCCAUAGGUAUUUACUUAUUGGCGGUGGCUUUUGCAUACCCGAUCCAGUGCUAUCCAGCUAUUCAGAUAAUAUUGGAAACCGUUAAAAAUAGAGACAUGUUGGAUCCACCGUCUGAAUCUUCAUUAAAGAUCAUUGAAACAAUCAGCAGGCCUUGUUUUGUUCUUUUGUCUUUUGCAGUUUGUUAUCUAGCGCCAUUUCAAGCGCCAAUAGUAGCAUUUGUUGGUCAUCUUUGUACUACAAUGUUGGCAUUGGUGUUUCCAGCUUUAAUGGAAUUAUGUAUAAGAUAUCCUGAUGACUAUGGAAGCUACAAAAUAUAUCUGCUCAAAGACCUCUGUAUCAUAUUAGGAGGUAUUUUCACAUGGACCUGUGGAGUAGUAUUAAGUGGCUACUUAAUUUAUAUUAGGGUACUUUCGUUGAGCUCGCCUAAUGCCACUGACUAAUAAAUAUAUAACGUAGACAUUUAAAAGUAACUCAAAUGAAUUAAAU